GUGGCGGGAAAGGUUCGAAGGCGCGGACCGAGGGAGCGGGCGGGCGGCUGUUGACAGGCUAUAUGAAGAUAUGAAUAUUCACAAAAUAAACUGUUGGAUGACUGUUUUGCCAAACAAUGACUUCUCAAGAAUUUACUGUAUUAUACACUCACCAAAAAAUGAAGAAAUCAAAAACGUGGCAAGAUGGAAUUCUGAGGAUUAGAACUGGAGGAAAUAAGGCAGUCUUGUUUGAUGAUAAAGGACAAUGUUUGGAGAGCAUAUUUGUAAAGUCUCAGUUGAAUGCUGGAGAUAAUUUGGAAAGUGAACGCUAUCUGAUCACUAUUGAAGCAGUAACACUGGAUGAAAAAUCUUCGAAAGAUCAGCCGAGGAAAGCAGAAAUUCCAGCAGUGAAUAACAGUGUUGUAAAGCCUCUAAGACACUUGCCUGUUGGGUUGAAAAGGAAGUUUACAGGCUUCCAAGUGCCACGCCAGGUUGAAAAGAAAAUAUUGACRGAGGAAGAUGAAGGAAAAGCACCUGUACUGCCUUUAUCCGAGCAGUGUCAGGGUUCUUUUCCGUCUCAGUUUUAUAUCACCUCUCCCUUAUUUUCUACGAUUUGCAAGAAGGAUACACAUGCAAAUAUACCUACCGACUUUCAUGAAGAGGUCUAUACAAACAGUGAUAAAGAACAUACAUCUUUCCCCUCACUSUUUUCUGCUCCUUUUCUUGAUACGGGUAAAGAUACAGAGCAGAGGAACUCUGAUGAGUCUGUUGUGAAACCAGAGYAUUCUGCAAUUACAGAGCACACCAAGACAACCAGUCAUGUGGCUGUGUCACAGAACAUCAGGAGCACGGCACAGAUAAUAGCUCUUUUGAAAUCCAAGCCAGCACAACCAUGCAGAGAGCAAGCAACUUCCGCCGUCACAGAGUGUCAUCCCAGGUUUCACAUGUCAGACAACAUAGGUGGUGGCAAUAACAGAAAUAGGACAACUUUACMCAGCUUUUCAGGCAACCCUGACAUAGGACUUGAUCAAAAUAUUCAGCAGCAGUGUUUUACAGAGGAAACUGAAAGUGAUAAAAGGGGAUGGCAUGCUGAAAUGCUGCUAAAUUCAGCUGAACAACCUUGUGAUGAAGAAGUUGUGAGACAAACACCUGACAGAAAGGCAGAUAACUUAAGUCAAGUCUUACAAGAGCACUUCAAUACAAAGACUUUGCACCCUGGAAAAAUGUGUACCUGUACGAAUGUAACAGACUGCAAAGGGGAAUGUAAUUGUGAUAGAGAAAGAUAUCGAGAACCCUCAUUUUCCAGCAGUGAAGGGGGACCUACGCUGUUAUCAAUUCACAGAUGUGCUGCCAAUGACCAACUAAAUUGCUUCCUCUCUGAAGCCAGCAUAGGCAAAAUGAGUGACAGUCAGUUUAGCUCAUCCUUAAGUGAUAUUUCUUACUCUGCAAGUCCAGCAGAGUCCACUGCCCUUGAAAUAAAUCCCUCCACAUCUGGGAAGCAUUCAGUGAUCAGUGGUCUUACAGAAUCACAAAAUGAACUCCAGCCAAGGCAAAAUUCAGAAAUACAAUCUAGUAAGUUGGAACUCUCUGCAGGUAUGGCAUUGAGUGAACUUCAAGCUGUAGAAGAGGAAUCAGGUACCUGUGACAGAGACAGUGGUCCAGACGAACAGGUGAUGGAAGUUAACUUCAAUUUAUUGGAGGCUUUUGAUUUUAAUGACUCGGACAAUAAGGACCUGUGUGAAAGAGAUGCAGAAGAGCUUGGUGAAAAAGCUGCGCUUUCACAAGGUUCAUCUUGUUUAAAUGAAAAAGACGAAGCACAAACCGUUGAAUUGAGACUUCAUUCUUCCUAUAAAGUAACAUCACACAGCAAAAACAAAGAAGUACAAGGUUUCCCAUUUGACGGAGAGACUGAUGGCAGCCUCUCUACGGGAGAUAUAUCACUGYUCCCUCGUGAUAACAAUGUUGGUGACACUGGGAGAGCUGCAGAAGACUCAGUAAGCCUCACCAGAAUUGAAAUGGAAUUUUCGGAGGGUGAAAACAAAACAAAACAAAUUAAGGAAAGUCAGUUAAMUAUUGAAGCUAGGACUUCUCAGAAGGACCUUGAUGGCUGUGCAGAAAAUACCAUUAUUGACAAGCCCAUAAAAGGCAAGGACAGUAAUUCAUGCAUUUCUGCCAGCGGAAUGAUUUCUGCCAUGGGCAAAAGAACAGAAGAUCUUUUACCACUUGGAUACACAAAAUCCCAAUACACAGAUUUAGAACAUUCCCAGGGUACUAGUAAUGGUGACAUUACACCAGGUACUCCAUUCCCAGCUUUGUCACAAGUAUCUGAUGUUUCUUGUCGCUCACUCAAACAUAGUGCAGAGGACCAGCAAAAUUUAUUUGACAUUUCUUGUAAGGAAGAUACUGUAAUUUCCACAAGUACCAUCUGUCUCUUAGGAAAAGGCCAUUUGUCUCCAGAGGAAACAGAAAUAGGUGAAACUGAGUUUGAAAAUAUAGAGAGCAUAAGUUCCCUUCAUGAUGCCUGCGAAGGUGAAAGAAUAGGGAUGGACUGCCUGAAAAGCACAGCAUUUGUUGAAAAAUCAUCAGAACUUCCUGAUUUGGUAAACAAUAUCGCUCUCUUAAGARCUUUGACUGAACAUAGCACAGCAUUAGAAAGCUUACAAAAGAUACAGGAAAAUAGUAGCUUACUAUAUGAAGCAGAGACUUUUAAAGAGAUAUUUGAACCCCUUGUAAAAGAUGAAGCUGUAAAACAAUUAACAGAAAUACCUUACCUGGGAAGUAGAGAUACACCUGCUUGUUCAUAUUUGGAUUCUCCCAAGCUUAUGCCCCRCUGCGUGGACUACAUGUUACAGAAAAGUGAAGCAUCUGUUCUACCAACARCACUGGACCAAGGAGACGCUAGGAGCCUUGAUGGCCAACCACAGCUUGUUGAGUUUCAAGGACACAGAGUAAAAGGGUCAGCAACUAGAGAGAUAAUGCUGAGAGCUCCCCGCCCAGUGCUAGGAUGGCAACAGGACCCAGAUACUGUGGAGUUUGCAGCUGAGAGAUUUUCUGUUUCACCUCUGUUUCCAAGCAGUUAUAUUCUUUCUGACUGCAGACAGUCUCCACAUUCAAGAAAUUGUCAUGAAUAUGAUACCAGUAUGACUGGAGAAGGGCAUUUUCAAACAAAGUCUAACRUUAUUAAGGAGGCAAUAGUGGCUGAAACCCCCUUAGCACUGAGCGUAGGUGCUGAGGUUCCCAAAUGGAUUGUGUCGGGCGCAGCCUCGCAUUCUGAUSUGGAGCAAAUGCCUUGGACUUCCUGGGAACUUUACAAGACGAUGCCAUCCGAACAACCGACUUUCUCACUUAAUUCAGACUGUCCAAUUUCUCCAUCUUCAAGAAAGGAGGAAACUAUGGAAGACAUYCAGGAGGUCCUGUCAGACAGGAUGUUACCAACUAACACAGAACUUUCAGAAUGCUUCUUCACACAGGAGGAACCCAGCUACGCAGAAGAGCGCAACGUCUCGAGACUGAAAGCCGCAGUUAAAGCCCGAGCCCCGCUUGUCACUGUUCCUGCCACCGGGAAGGUUCCUGGCACAGAAGUUUAUCUAAGGGACUGCGAGGGGCUGCAGCAAUCUGCUGGAUCUUUGGUAGUCAAUUUGUGCAACAGGUCAGCAGUGUUUCCUAUCGGUGCUUUUGGCCCYGAGGACAGGAAUUAUGAAACCUCGCUGUUUGAGGAGUACACAGAACACGAACAAAAGGAGUCCCUACAUCCAAUGUUUCCUAAUGUGACUUCACAAUUUAGACAAAGCAAGUGGCUCAAAUACCAAAACAGUGCUCAGUGUGACUYGAUAACUCAAAACAGCGGUGAUGUGGAAGUGACUGAUGAUAUCUGGGCAGAGAACAUCCUUGGAAUGCCAGCGGGUGACACAGGAGAGAGCCAGCGCAGCGCCGUGAGUAAAAGCGCUCCCGGCUCUGUGCCUCUGCGCACGGAAAAGCGCGUGGAUGGAAAGCGCUCUGCAAAUGACCAGGACAGAGAUUUAAUUUCAGAGAGGAAGUUACUUUCUCUGCACUUAAGUCRGGCUCCUUUAGCUGAAGCAACACAAAAGGUGUUAAGUCAUCUGAGCUGCCGCACUGUAACGGGAGAAGGCCAGGACAUAACAGUUUCUGAGUUGUCCUUUCCUAGUGUGGAUAAAGUGAAAAAUACUAAUCUUCCCAAAAGGAAGAUUGCUAUUCCAUCUGCUUUUCAGUCUCAUGUUCAUUACAAACAGAUUUUUACAGCUGCUUUGACAGAGCAUUUAAACAUAAUUCUAUUUGAGCUGUCACAAAGGUUACACAAGGCUCUUUCCAAAGUGGAUAUAUCAUUUUACACUUCAUUCAAAGAUGGGCAAAAUGAGAGCCAAGCAAGCCACGUUCCCCUGUGCAAUCACAUGCUUCCUGCUAAGCUCACUGUGGUUAAAAAAGAAGGUCAGAACAAGGGUCGUUUGUUCUAUAGCUGUGAUGCUCCAAAAGCUGAACGGUGUGCAUUUUUCAGAUGGAUAGAAGAGGUGAACCAAGGAGAGAGAAAAUCCAGACCCACUGUAGUGCUUCAUGAUAUAAAAAGUGUUGGGGCGUACCUCAGAAGUCAAAAGAUUUCCCUCUAUGAGGGAUGCCAGCUUUUGGUGAGGAAAGCUUUUGAAAUUCAAACAAAACAGUUUAAUAAGUUGAAGAAAUUUAUGAAUACUCACGCCAAUUUCGAAGGGGAUUCCAAGCGCAAAUUAUACCUCAAGCUGAGCAGRAAGGAGCAUUCUUCUACCUAUAGUAAAGAUGACAUCUGGGUUAUUUCAAAGACUCUAAACUUUGAUCCCCUGGACACUUUCAUUGCAAGUAGCGCUUUCUUCGGACCAUCAUCCAACAAUGAAGUGGAAUUACUGCCUCUGAAGGGCUAUAGUCCCUCAAACUGGCAAACGAAUACGCUUGUUCAUGCCUUGCUGGUAUGUAAUGCUAGCAGUGAGCUGACGUCCUUAAGAAAUAUGGAGGAGUUCUUCAAUCCAGCUACUCUGCCACUACUACCGUAUCUCCUAAAAAUGAAUUCUGAUUCUGAAAAGGCUAAUAAGAAAGUGAACAAAGGAAAAUUCAUUCCUCCAGCCUUAAACCUGAAAUGCAGAAUGAUGCGUGGGCUUGUCAGCCCCGAAAUAGCAAUGGAACUAGCCAGAAAGAUGAUCCAGACAUUCUCUUUGAACCCGGAUCAAGCUGCAGCACUGAUUCAGAUAGCUGGCAUGAUGACAGUGGCAGAACAGCAGAUCUUCCCCAUCACAAUCAUACGUGGUGUUUUCGGAGCUGGAAAGAGCUAUUUGCUGUCUGUAGUGAUCUUGUUCCUAGUGCAGCUCUCUGAAAGCAGUGAAGCAAAGGAAAGCCGUAGGCCAAUUCCAUGGAAAUUUCUGAUUGCCUCUUCCACCAAUGUUGCUGUUGACAGGAUACUGCUUAGUCUACUUGAUCUUGGAUUUGAGRGUUUUAUCAGAGUUGGAAGUAUUAGGAAAAUUGCCAAACCAAUUCUUCCCUACAGCUUACAUGCAGGCUCAGGAAAUGAAAAUGAACAAUUAAAAGAACUGCUUGCUCUCAUGAAAGAAGAUUUAACUCCAGCUGAAAGAAUUUAUGUGAGGAAGAGCAUUGAGCAACAUAAACUAGGGACCAACAAGGCUGCUUUGGAACAGGUGAAAGUUGUUGGAGUGACCUGUGCUGCCUGCCCAUUCUCCUGUAUGAGUACCCUUCAGUUUCCCGUGGUGGUGCUGGAUGAGUGCAGUCAGAUGACCGAACCUGCUUCUCUCCUUCCUAUUGCAAGGUUUCAAUGUGAAAAGCUAGUCCUUGUUGGAGACCCCAAGCAACUGCCACCAACUGUUCAAGGGUCUGACAGUGCUCAUGAGAAGGGCUUGGAGCAGACUCUGUUCGAUCGGCUCUCCUUAAUGGGACAUAAAGCAGUACUGCUUCGGACACAGUACCGAUGUCACCCUGCUAUCAGUGCUAUAGCCAACGAGCUCUUCUAUGGAGGAAGUCUGAUAAAUGGWGUUUCAGAGGAAGACAGAAGUCCUCUGUUGGACUGGCUCCCAACACUCUCUUUUUAUAGUGUUAAUGGGGUGGAGCAAAUUGAGAGAGAKAACAGCUUCUAUAACAUGGCAGAAGCUCAUUUUACAGUUAAGCUAAUCCAGUCUCUGAUUGCAAGUGGAAUAGAAGGAUCUGCAAUUGGUGUGAUUACUCUUUAUAAAUCACAGAUGUGCAAGGUUCAGAACUUGCUUUGCAGUCCGCACUCCGAGGCCCUGGAAAUGAAAGCYGUGCAGGUGUCCACUGUAGAUGCCUUCCAGGGAGCUGAGAAGGAGAUCGUCGUUUUGUCGUGCGUGAGAACAAGACAAGUUGGAUUCAUAGAUUCAGAAAAGAGAAUGAACGUUGCACUGACGAGAGCAAAAAGGCAUUUGUUGAUCGUUGGAAACCUGGCCUGUUUAACCAAGAACAGACUGUGGGGAAGAGUAAUCAAUCACUGCAAAGGAUGGGAAAACGGAUUACAACAUGCAAGCCACUGUGAGCAGCAGCUAAACAGCAUUCUUCAGUGUUAUUUGGAGAAAAAGAGUGAAGAGGAAAACGAUAAGAAAAAGGAAAAAUAAAAUGUGUGUGUAUUUUUAUGUCUUGAAACUGUAACUUGUGUGUUCAUAAAAACCACUAGAAUUCUUGGAGCCAAUGUAGUGUUUG